CUCUGCUGUCUUGCUUGGAUGAGGGAUAAAAAAAACUAAAGCAUCACAUAUGAGCAGCAGGUUUGAAUUUUGAGUUUUGGAAAAUGGGAUGUCAAAUCAUGUUGCAUCUGCUGCUUCUGGGGAUGUUAGGUACGGUGGCUCCUCAGAUUGCAGGACCCCUCUACCUAAUUUCUGGAACAACAAGCUCUCGAUCAGACGAUGGAAGUUCUCCACGGAUUGUCCUGCAGAGACCUUUCGUUUACUUCGGACACUCAUACAAUCAGAUUUAUAUGAACCACAACGGACACCUGACCUUUGCUAGUCCAUGGUACCGUUACACACCUCAACAGUUUCCACUGCAUGGAUCCAGAGACAUCAUCGCCCCAUUCUGGACAGAUCUGGACAACAGAGGAAAUGGUCAGGUCAUCUACAACCAAUACACCAACGGCAAUGUCCUUCAACAAGCUACACAGGACAUUAAUGCCUACUUCCCAGGACUGCACUUUAAUGCCAACUGGGUCUUUGUUGCAACAUGGUAUCAGGUGGCUUACUUUCCAACCACUGGCACACAAACAACCGUCCAAGCUGUCUUGAUUUCUGGUGGCCACUACUCAUUUGUGCUGAUGAACUAUGGGAUAAUAGCUGCAACAACUCGCAAUAUACAGGCUGGAUAUGACACAGUCGGUUCUGCUCACCAUUUCACCAUCCCGGGAUCUUUUGCUAGUAAUGCAACAGGCAUUAACUCAGUUUUCCGCCUGAGCAGCAAUGUCAAUGUACCCGGUCGCUGGGCGUUCCGCACCGACAAUGGAUCAAGAGGCUGCACUUACAAUGGUGAAUCCGUGCAGCUGGGUGACUCGUUUCUGGAGGACAGUGCAUGUACAGAGAAGUGCACCUGCACCUCAGCAGGUCUGCAGUGUGUCAGUCAACGCUGCUCCUUUCAAAUCUGCCGGCCAACUUCCUUUCAGUUCACCUGCCAGACAGUGCAGAGACGCACCUGCACCAUAAGUGGUGAUCCACAUUACUAUACCUUCGAUGGCACACUGUUUCACUUUCAGGGCACCUGCACCUACGUUCUCUCAGAACAGUGUGGUCGUGGGCUGCCCUACUAUCGUGUAGAGGGUAAGAAUGAGCACCGGGGGAGCACUCACGUUUCCUGGACAAGACUGGUCAAAGUGUAUGUCUAUAAUGAGACUAUCGAGCUUGUCAAAGGACGACGCAGUGAGGCUAAGGUUAAUGGAAACUUUGCAGCCACUCCGUUCUCCCUUCACAAUGGCACCAUCCAAGUUUAUGAGUCAGGUUUUUCUGUGGUCAUCAGUACUGACUUUGGCUUGGUAGUUUCCUACGACACAAAUCAUUAUGUUAGAAUCAGUUUGCCCCACACUUACCAGAAUGCAACAUGUGGCCUGUGUGGAAACUUCAACCACCACCCUGGGGACGACUUUCAAACGCCCCAAGGCGAGGUUGUGAGCUCUGAUGUAGUUUUUGCCAACAGUUGGAAAGUAUCAGGGGACGAUGAGCCUGGAUGUGACGAGCGGUGUGGAGGCCUGGACUGUGCUGCCUGCACUGACCAUGAAACAGCUUUAUACAGCAAUGCGGACCAUUGUGGUAUCCUCCAGAGCAGUUCUGGACCCUUUGCUGCUUGCCAUCUACGACUUCCACCGCAAACAUUUGUACAGAGUUGUGUGUAUGAUCUGUGUGUCGGACAAGGCUAUCAGCCCAUUCUGUGCCAAGCCCUAAAUGUUUAUGCAAGUCAGUGUCAGCAGAAUGGUGUCCAGCUGCCAAGCUGGAGGAGACGUGACUUCUGUGAAAUCCCCUGUCCAGCCAACAGCCACUUUGAGUCCCAAGGCACAGGAUGUCCAGCUACCUGUGUCAAUCCCAAUUCCACCCAAAACUGCCCUCUCCCUGCCCAGGAGAGCUGCAUCUGCAAUUCAGGCUACAUCCUCAGUGCUGGGGUCUGUGUCCCUCAUGCUGAGUGUGGCUGCAGCUUUGAAGGUCGUUACUACCGCUCUGGAGAAACUGUAAUACUAGACGAGAACUGCGGGAGACGUUGUAGCUGCAGUUAUGGCUCCAUGACCUGUCACUCACAUGGUUGUGGUCCACUGGAAUCAUGCAGGGUGGAGGAGGGAGAAAGAGGAUGCAGACCUAACAGCUAUGAAACAUGCUGGAUAAAGGGCCUGGGGUCAUAUCAUACGUUUGAUGGACUGACAUUCCAGUAUCCUGGGGCAUGUCGAUUGACUCUUGCCAAAGUGAUGGGAUUGUCUCAUCACCCCCACUUUGCAGUGACAGCAGAGAAAGUGCCUAGAGGCCAAAAUGGUUUUGCCAGGUUGCUAAAGUUUGAGGCAGAGGGAACACAAGUCUCCAUUGAGAUGGCAGAUAACAGCACAGUUCAGGUUGACAGUCAGCGGAUCAGACUACCAUUCAGCUCAGCAUCCAACCGAAUCCAAGUCUACCACAGCAGCAUUCACAGUAUCAUCCUUCACACCGCCUUUGGUGUGACUGUGCAGACAGUUUGGCCUCACUUUGUACGUAUCACUGCACCCGGUAUCUACAAUGGUUCACUGGGUGGACUCUGUGGAAACUACAAUGGUAACUCACAUGACGACUUCCGCACACCCAAUGGCCUCCUGGUCAACACCUCUCAGGUGUUUGGAGACAGCUGGCGAGAUGGCUCCCUCGCUGCACACUGUGUGGAAAGUGUAAAUGAAAAUUCUACGACAAAUUCCAAUUCCAGUGAGCGCUGUGGCAUUAUUGCCUCACCGAAUGGGCCAUUUACCCAGUGUUGGGCCAUGGUGGACCCACAGCAGCAUGUGAGUGCAUGCAUGGAGACCAUUAGAGUCUCUAGAGAUCCAGCAUCAGCACUAUGUGAGGUCCUACGUGAUUAUGCUCUAAUGUGUCAACAGAAGGGCGUAGCUGUGGGACACUGGAGGAACAUAACUGGCUGUGAGCACACCUGCCCAACAAACAGCCAUUAUGAACUCUGUGGAAGCACUUGUCCCUCCACCUGCCCCAGCCUUUCCUUUCCCUUCUCCUGUAACACUCUGUGCCAGGAUGGAUGCCAGUGUGAUGAUGGUUUUGUCCUCAAUGGCAACCAGUGCGUGCCACCAACAUCUUGUGGAUGCCAUCAUGAAGGACGCUAUCGGCAAGGUGGCCAAGAGUUUUGGAAUGGUGAAGAAUGCCAGAGCUUCUGUACCUGCAACGGCACAACAGGGACAGUCCACUGUAAUCCCAGCUCCUGUGGUCCCCAGGAGUCCUGCCGUGUGGUAGGGGGUGAAUUUGGAUGUCAUCCAAACCCUCAUGGCACCUGCUCUGCCUCUGGAGACCCCCACUACCUCACAUUUGAUCAAAAGGCUUAUGACUUCCAGGGAACCUGCCGCUAUGUUCUGGCGACCCUUUGUAAUGACACUAAUGGACUCCCCCACUUUUCAGUGGAAGCUAAGAAUGAGCCGUGGGUUGGGUUGACAGUCUCAAUCACGGCUGAAGUUUUUGUGAAUGUGUUGGGAUACCGAGUGCGUGUGUCAAGGGACAACAGAGGUAUGGUAGAGGUAAAUGGAAUAACUACAAAUUUACCAGUUGUCUUGAGUGGAAAUGUGUCUAUCUUUGCAAGUGGACCUCAAACAUUUAUCACUGCUGAUUUUGGCCUCAGAGUCACCUAUGAUGGAUGGAGUACAGUGUCCAUCUCUGUGCCAUCAAAUUACAGCGGACAGACAUGUGGACUUUGUGGAAACUUCAAUGGGAAUCAAAGUGAUGACUUCCGCACCCCAUCUGGAACAAUAGUCACCACUCCAGAUGUGUUUGGGACAGCUUGGAAGGUUGCAGGCAACUACACCUGCAGUGAUGGGUGUGGUUCCUCCUGCCCGCGGUGUACCAACGAGCAACCUGCUAGAGCUCAGUGUGAGGUGAUCAAAGCAGCCAGCGGCCCCUUCAGCUUCUGCCAUGAGCAGGUGGACCCAGCGCCAUAUUUCAAUGACUGUGUGUUUGAUGUUUGUGUGUCGGGAGAUGGGGGCCAAGAUCUUCUGUGCAGGGCCAUUCAAGCGUAUGUCAGUGCCUGUCAGUCUGCUAAUGUUCGAAUCUACCCUUGGAGACAGAACACCACCUGCAGACUGGACUGUCCAGCCAACAGCCAUUAUGAGCUGUGUGGUACUGACUGUGGCCACACCUGUGCCAGCAGCAUUGAUGCCACCUGUGAGCAGGUUUGCUCUGAGGGAUGUUUCUGUGAUGAGGGGUUCCUCAGGAGUGGGACAACAUGUGUCCCUGUGGAAAGCUGUGGCUGCCAGUAUGAUGGCUUCUACUAUAAUGCUGGUGAGUCCUUCUGGACAGAUGGUUGCUCCCAGCGAUGUGAAUGUUAUGCUCCCAAUGACCUGCGCUGCUCCGCUGCAUCUUGCACUUCUGCACAAGAGUGCACCAUCAGAAAUGGCCGGCUGGGCUGUUUUGCUACUAUGUCCACUUGCACUGUGUGGGGGGACCCACACUACAUCACCUUUGAUGGGGCACUGGCUCAUUUCCAGGGCACGUGCUCUUACAUCAUCACUGAGAGCGUGAGCCACAGCACCAAUGAAACCCAGUUUCAAGUAGUAGCCACCAAUAAUCACCGUGGCAACAACCGCGUGUCGUUUGUAUCAGCAGUGGAUGUAUACCUCUCAAAUCAAACAGAGAAUGUGCACAUAAGGAUCGGACCAAACAAAAGAGUAACGGUAAAUGGCAGUGAGGUGUCUCUUCCCACCACCACAGGAACCUUAGCUCGGGUGGAGAGGCAGGGAAGCUACAUGGUGGUUGAUGCCGUUAACCUGAUCGUCCAGUUUGAUGGCCGCAGUACCUUACUGGUCAGAAUCGACCAACACUGUCAAAACAGAGUCGCUGGGAUGUGUGGGAACUUCAACAAUGAUCCUGCAGAUGACAAAGUCUUGCCCAAUGGCACACAGGCACAAAAUGACAAUGAGUUUGGACACAGCUGGAAGGCACCCACAAGCCGACCAGGAUGUGGAUCCACAGAUGAAGACAAUGGUGGUGGAUUGACUGACUGUACCUACAGGGAAGAAUACUCUGCGCUCUGCAGUGUUAUCACCAACACCAGUGGCCCAUUCAGUGCCUGUCACCUGCACUCUGACCCACAGCCAUUUUUCAGCUCCUGUGUCUAUGAUCUCUGCCUCUACACUCCAGCCAAUGGCAUGCUCUGUUCUGCCAUCUCAGCCUAUGAGAGAACCUGCUCAGUUUUGGGGUUAAACAUCUCUGAGUGGCGCUCUGCUUUACAAUGUGCUGAGUCUGACCCCUGUGAAGAGUUGAACUGCACAGAGAGUGAGUGGUGUGGUGAGAAGGACGGUGUGUAUGGCUGCUUCUGUGAUGAACACCACCAUCGGCCCCACAAUGAGAGCUACGACUCGUCCAUCACUUGUGUCAGUAGUUCAGGCACCAUGUCUCUGUCACGCUGCCAGCUGUUUGAAGCUGGCUUCCACUCUAGCGCCCUCCAUCUCCAAGACAACUCCUGUAAAGGCACUCUCCAGGACGGGCGACUGUUGUUCCACUUUAACAAUGACGAGCAGCUGUGUGGGACAGUUCUCAGGAGCAAUGGAACCCAUUUCAUCUAUGAGAACAUGAUCCAGGGCGAUGUGGACCCUCAUGACGGUCUAAUCAGCCGCCAAAGGAACAUCCAUCUGCGUUUCUGCUGUGAAUACCCUCUGACUCAGGCCCUGUCUAUGUCUGUGGGCAUCAAUCCUUUAGAGAGCAUUGUGAGGAAGAAGCUUCCAAAUGGCCAUGGACAGUAUCACAUGAGAAUGAUCCCCUACCAGGACGCUGGCUUCAGCUCCCCCCUGACCGGUGACAGCAACAUAGAAAUGGAAAUAGACCAGAGGUUGUAUGUGGAGGUGCGGACAGAGGGAAUUGAUGAACGGCAGAUCUCCACCAUUCUUGACUCUUGUUGGGCCACGCCAAUCAACAAUGCGAACUACCCUGUCCGCUGGGAUCUCAUCAGUGCAGAGUGUCCUAAUCCAGCAGAUGAUACAGUAGAGCUGGUUCAGAAUGGCGUCUCCACUGCGGCCAGAUUCUCCUUCAGGAUGUUCACCUUUACCAACUUUUCAUCCAUCUACCUGCACUGCCAGGUCCACCUGUGUCUUCUGUCAAACAACAACUGCACAGCUCAUUGCUACCCGGGUUACCACAGGCGAGUUGGGAGGGAUGUAUCCUACCAUGACACUGCCUCCAUCUCACUAGGACCACUACACCUGAUCCCAAUGAGCGGUGGCAAAAUGAUGGAACGAAGCAGUGCUCCAGGCCAGAUGACCUCACUGGUGACCCUGCUGGUCAGUCUGCUAUUCAGUUUGCUGACUGCCAAAACUCUGGUCUAAGGAGAACAGAGAUGAUCCAUAUUUUUAAACAUAUUACAUGUGCUCUCAGAUUAGAGGCGUUGUCCCUGUGAUUUGUAUUUGUAGUAAGUGAUUUUUCUUUACAACAGUGGGGGGCACCAGUGUCCUCCAUGCUGAAGUUGAAAUCUUUUAUCCUUCUAUGUUCACUGUGUCUGAUGUUUAUCAGUUGAAUCAUUGGUUUCUUUGUGAUGAUUGUAUUAAAUCUCUGCCAUAUAAAAAUUAAUCAUUUAUAAUGAAAUAUAAAAGUAUAAAUGAAUUUAAAAGUAUCUUUACAUAUGGAGUAUGCAUCUAAUUUGUUGCCUCGGAAGUUUUGUACACAACCCCAGCCCGAACAUUAAGUGGAUAAGUAUCAGUCAGAAGCAGUUUGUGCAUCAUACAAAAUUAGCCUACAGACUAGUCUGCUCACUCAUCUGUUAAAAAGGCUGAUCACCUAAACCCACAGCUAGCAAUGAUUACCUGAAUCAUACAUUUUCAAUUUUGUUCUUUAAAUUUACUUUUUUCUGCGAUACAAUACUGCUUACUUUGCUGCUGCAUAUCAAACUAAUUAUUGUGCUUAGAUGUAUCAAUCUCAAUUAAGUACAAAGUAUAUUAAGAGUUGAAGCAAUGUUCUUUGUCCUGAAGUUGCUCCUGGUGUAGCCUGCAGAUGACACCAAGCCUCCUGUCACUGGCUAUGGGAACACAGUGGCUGUGAUGGAGUAUAUGCCUGUAUGAUUGAGUUCAAGUAGAUGGCUGAAGACGCAGAAGUCACACUCUAGGCAAACAAUAGUCACUUGAAUUUGAUUUGGAGGUCCAAGGGUAGCCAGUGGAGGACAAUGAGCAAUGGAGUAAUAUGCGCCCUUUUAGUCCGAUCAAAGACAAGAUGUGCCUACGCAUUCUGGACUGUAUAUAAAGGGUUCACUGUGUGUGAAGGAAGGCUGACCAGAAGGACAUGACAGUUGUCGAGGCGAGAGCUAACCAUGGCCUGUACCAAGAGUUGGGUGACGUAUUGAGUUAGUUAGCAAGGCCUGACUUUUCUUGCGUUGUAAAGUGCAAAACUAGGAGACAGAAGCAACAUGCUCAGAGAAGGAUAGCUGGUCAUCAAACGUGACACUCAGGAUUCUUUGGACCUUGGGGUGAGGGAUGAAGAGGCAAUUUUGAUACUGAUACCUUUUCUGAUUAUAUAGUGAUUCAAUUACCUUAAUUUAUUUUGCAAAUAAAGCACAAUCCUGAAGUCUUAUUUCAUCCAGUUGGCUUGUUUCAUGAAAUGUUGUGAUAUAGUAAUCCUCUCUGUGUAGGGCCAGAAUAAAGACUUCCCAC